AUGGCCAAGUUCGAUUUGAUCAUCGUUAAUGGCAAGGUUGUCACGGCCAGCGAUAUCAGUAUUUGCUGCAUUGGAAUAAAGAAUGGAAAGAUCCGAGCUCUGGUUGAUGGGUUCACGGACGAGGAGAUAGAGGGAGUCAAGGUGAUAGAUGCACAGGGUGCGUAUGUUAUGCCCGGCGGCGUCGAUGCACAUGUUCAUCUAUGCCAGGAUUUGGAGACAGGACCCCAUGGCCUGGGCGGAGAAUGCGCCGAUAACUUUGAAACCGGCUCUAGAAGUGCAGUGGCGGGAGGAACCACGACUAUGAUUACCUUUGCAACUCAAACGCGGGCAGAAGAAGACCGCAGUCUGCUAAAUGUAGUCAAGGCAUAUAAUUCUCGGGCCGAAGCCACGGGUAGCUAUGCCGACUACGGCUUUCACAUUAUCAUUGUUCGAAACGACGCUGAUGUGUUGGAGAACGAGCUGCCAGUCUUGAUGAAAGACUGGGGUAUUUCUAGCUGCAAACUCUUCUUGACUUACGAGACCCAGAAAUUGACGGACUCGCAGCUUUUGGAUGUCAUGUUUGCUGCGAGGAAGAAUUCGAUUACCACCAUGAUUCAUGCCGAGAACGGGGAUAUGAUUCAGUGGCUCACAAGUAAGUCCAUGAGGGUACUUUCUCGUUCGAAAUUUAACAUCAAACUAGACAAACUCGAAAGCAAGGGAAUGGUCGCCCCGUAUUACCACGCCCUAUCCCGUCCGCCCUUGGUCGAAGCGGAGGCUACCAAUCGAGCUAUUGCCCUCGCUCACUUGAUCCAGAACCCAAUUCUAUUCGUGCAUGUUGGAUCCGCACUUGGCGCGGCCAAUGUGCGGAAGGCACAAACCAUGGGGCUCCCCAUUUACGCUGAAACUUGCCCACAGUACUUCCACCUCACCUGGAAUGACUUAAAACGCUUCCAUUCCCCUACGUGCUUUGAGAACAGCAAGAUGAUCUGCUCACCACCACCACCUCCAGAUAUAUCAGACCAGGAAGAUUUAUUUACUGGCCUUCAAAAUGGUACUUUCACCAUUUAUUCUUCAGAUCACUGUCCUUUCCGUUAUGAUCAUCCGAACGGAAAACCAUCCGGCGUCCUUGAGCAUGAGCCGAGCAUGGAGGGAGAGAAACACUGUCACGGAGAUGAGCUCCAGAAUCUCUUGGAGCGGAAAGAAGGUUCUUUUCGAUUAAUACCUAAUGGUAUUCCUGGGGUGGAGACUCGAUUGCCGUUGUUAUAUACUGGGGCUCUGGCAACCGGUCGGAUUACGGCUCAGAAGUUUGUUGAGCUCACGUCAACGAAUCCCGCUAAAUUGUAUGGUCUAUAUCCUACUAAAGGGACCAUUAUGCCUGGAUCCGACGCGGAUUUGGUAAUCUGGCAUCCUGACAAAGAUUUUACGCCUUUCCGCUUGACUAAUUCGAUGCUACACCACAACGUUGAUUAUACACCUUACGAAGGCAUGGAGUUUGUCAAUUGGCCCAAGUACACUAUUUUGCGUGGCAAUAUUGUCUGGGCUGAUGGUGAAGUGCAAGGGAAGCCAGGAGAUGGCAAGUAUUUGAAGCGUGGUCCAAGCCAGCUGAGCCGGUCUUUCUCCAAGACGAGUGCGGAUCCGCGCUAUGUUGCUUCUUGGCUCUACGAUUAG